UGAGGCUCUGUUGGCGGCUGCUGCUGCUCGGAACUGCCCUCGGUGUGGAUCCGGAGUGCGAAUGCUUCCGAAGCGAAGCCUUCUUCCUGCUAGGCUUGUCUUAGCAGAACUGAGGAGCAGCUUGUUGUUUCUUUACUAAAUGCUUCAGAGUUUCACGGUUAAGAAUCUGUAUUUAAGGUCUUUUUUUUUUUUUUUUUGUGUGUGUGUGUGUGUGUGUGUGUGUGUAUGUGUGUAGUACAGGAUAAGUGUCUCACAGAUUAGUGGUAGUAAAAAGCCUCUUAGAAGAAGUAGCACGGGUGGGAUGCAGCUGUAGUGAGGAUGAUGCGCUGUGAAUUCUGCUUCAGGAGUGGAUGUGAUGGUGUGGUGCCGGGGAAAGCUGGAAUGCAGGUGCUUACAGAGUGAGGUCUGAAGUGUGAACUCCAGCUGUAGUGUCUGAAGAAUGGGCAAAGCUGUUGUGGAGGUAACGAUGGACUUGGUUACAGAGGCGCUGCUGUGUGACUGUGUGAGCACAACUGCCACUGUUCAGUGCUGCUAAACCUCUGUUUGAAUGGUGCCUGUGGGACUCUGCUGGCUUGAUGAGUGCUGAUAAACUAAAGGAGUAUUUCUUCUUUGAUCGGGAGUGCCUCUGUAUGUCAAUUCUAACCCUGCAGUUAAAUGAGACCUCCUUUAAAGAAGACUUAAAUGCUCUUUAUAAUUACCAUCUAAAUUCCAAAUUUGUAAAGGAAAGCUGUUUGCUAGCUGAGAGUCUGAAGCUCCCUAUUACCUGUCCCAGACUGCACAUCUAGUGCAUGUGGAGAGGGGGCUGUUGUUUCACUCCAGCUUUUCUUCUCAUAUCUAAUUAAGCUGCCUAUUUGUCUGUAUUGUUCCUGUCUUUGGCUGUAGAUGACAGUGAGCAUCUCCAGUGUUUUUGCUGGUGUUCCAAAGUGCAACAUGCAUAUCUGUUAUUAGGGAAUGUCUUCAAGCAGGGUGGUACUUUCAGUGAAAACUGGUGCAUAUUUGAGUUUUUCAAACCAAAUAUCAAGUUAGAGAUGUUUAAGAUACAGUUAACAUCUAAAAAUUAUGAGAAACUUCAGCACAGAAGUGUUCCCAGCUGUGCAGUCUCGUGAAACUCUUGUUUAGGUUCAACUUGGACUUGGAAUCUCUGGGCUCCCCAGAGAUGAGAUCUGAGCUCCCUCUUUACAGUUGGAAAAGCAGCACCUGUACUUGAGAGCGCAGUGAGUGAGUGAGAUUGUGCAUGCUUAAGUUCUGAGACCUCCAGAGAAGCUUACUGAAGGCGCUGGUUCACUUGAGUUACUGAAACGACUGGUGCUGCCUUUCUGCUCCUUGUCUUCUCUAGUAGUAAUAAAAAAUAAAGCCACUUGCUUCUUGUAGAAUCUGGGGCAUAACAGCAAAACUUGUAUUUCAGGUCCUAAAGCAAUUGUGUGGAGUUAGUAUAUUAAGCAAUCAGCUAUUUCUUUCAUGAGAAAGGCUGUUUGCUACAAGAGGCUGUUAAGAAGGUCAACCAUCUCCAGUACAGAGCUCAGAGAGCAGAGCAUUAAUGAUACAGUUAAAUACCAUGGUGAAGCUAACUAAUUGAAGCUGCAUGUAUUUGUUAUUACAGCUUUUCUCCUAGGUGACUGUAAUGUGUUAUUUUUUUCUCUAACUUCAAAUACAGCAAGAAAAGAAAGGAAAUAUAAACUAUAGCUUUGUGUACAGGGGAAAUUUGAUUAGCGUGGAGUUCUGUGCUUAGGAAACUGGAAGAGCUUCAGCUAUUGCGUGUCCUGGUCAGAUAUUGCCAUCAGCAGCAGAUUGCUCUGAUGCCUGUAGCUUAUCCUGACAAUGUGGCACUUUAGGUUUUAUGUACAUCACGUUCUUUGAUUCAGGCAGAUUAAAAUCUGAGCAAUUCAGGUUUUGUAGCAGCUGGACCAGCAGAUUCCUAUCAUUGUUACUUGCCACGUUGUUCGAAGUAUUUGUAAGCCUGAAAGAUAAGCAGUUAAGCUGCGUGUUGCUUGACAGAUUCUCUACGUUCAUCUCUUUAAGCCUUUCAGCAUUUUCAAGGUUGAUUAACUUCAAAAAACAAACCAAAACUGAUAAGUCAGUGCUUUUUAGCUGACAGUUACCUGUGAAGCAGACUGGUGCAAGGUAACUGAACGCACGGAUGUGAUUGUUUGGAUACUUUGUGAUACCUGUUCAUAUUACAGCCAUCCCUUUAUAUUUGACUUUAUCAAUUUCCACUCAGCUGAAUAUGAAAACUUUACGUAAAAUAUCCUGUUGCCCAGAUAUAUCAGUUCUUUGAUAGGAAAGAUCAGUGGCCAGAGGUGUUUUCUUGCCAGAAAGUGAACUGCUCCAAGUAUUUUUUCCCUUUAAAUGUCAGUCAUGCUCAUAUCUCUUCAGCUGCGCUGUUUUGUUUCUAUAUUUUUGUCUCCCAAUUCAGGCUGGUAUUCUGUAAUGAAAGUGUGAUGUUUAAAUGUUAUGGAUACUUGUUUAUCCUCUUCCUCUGCAUGGCACUGCUUUAAAUGUCAGGAGUUAUUAAUGUGCAUCUUAAUUUAGAUGCUGUGAAAUAUGUACUCCUUUCAAAAGUUUUUUCUAACAAAUUUAUUACAAAUGGAAGUAUUUCUGAAAUGUUAAGCUUGAGGUUAGGGGGUUUUCCUUAAUUCAGAGCUUUCCUUAGGAAGGGAUGUGCUGUGUUUUUGUUCCAUUACUUUAUUCUAAGUCAAAAGACAAGGUGUUACCGUUGGUCAAUCUUUGUGGGAACAGAUAAUGGUAGGAAUUGCAGUCUUCGUUCUUUUUGGGUGAAUAUGCUGCAGUGCAGAACUCUAAUCUUCUCUCUGUUAUUGCUGCUAGAAACUCAAGAUGAAAAUGGCAAAACCCAACGAGCUGACAGUCUUAUUAUGAAGAAGAUAAAGAAAAAAAAGAAAAAGAAACAUCGGGAAGAUGUGAGGGGCAAACGUCUGAAGAUGUACAACAAGGAAGUGCAGACAGUGUGUGCUGGGCUCACCCGCAUCGACAAAGAGACUUUGUCUCAAGGACAGUGUGAUAACUUAGAAAUGAACAAGGAAUCCUUCAGGUAUCUUAAGGAUGAGCAGCUCUGCAGACUGAAUUUGGGCAUGCAGGAGUACCGAGUGCCCCAGGGAGUACAGACACCGUUUGUGACGCACCAGGAGCAUUCUGUUCGCAGCAGCUUCUUGAAAACUGGCACUAAAUUCAGUAACUUCAUUCACGAAGAACAUCAGUCCAAUGGUGGUGCCCUGGUCCUUCAUGCCUACAUGGAUGAACUCUCAUUUUUGUCUCCAGUGGAGAUGGAGAGAUUUGCAGAAGAGUUUCUCGCUUUGUCGUUCAGUGAAAAUGAUAAAAACGCAGCUUAUUAUGCUUUGGCCAUAGUACAUGGAGCAGCUGCUUAUUUACCAGACUUCCUGGAUUACUUUGCUUUUAAUUUCCCCAACACUCCAGUGAAAAUGGAAAUUUUGGGCAAGAAGGACAUUGAAACAACAACAAUUUCAAAUUUUCACUCUCAGGUCAAUCGAACGUACUGCUGUGGAACCUACAGAGCAGGGCCCAUGCGGCAGAUCAGCCUUGUUGGAGCAGUGGAUGAAGAAGUUGGGGACUACUUCCCAGAAUUCCUGGAUAUGUUGGAAGAGUCCCCAUUUCUGAGAAUGACUUUGCCCUGGGGUACUCUUUCAAGCCUCAGGCUUCAGUGCAGGUCACAAAGUGAUGAUGGUCCCAUAAUGUGGGUGAGACCAGGAGAGCAGAUGAUCCCAACAGCUGAUAUGCCAAAAUCGCCUUUCAAACGGCGCCGGUCAAUGAAUGAAAUAAAGAAUCUCCAGUACCUACCUCGGACCAGCGAGCCCCGUGAGGUUCUGUUUGAAGACAGAACAAGGGCUCAUGCUGACCAUGUGGGUCAGGGGUUUGACUGGCAGAGCACGGCUGCUGUAGGUGUUCUGAAGGCUGUGCAGUUUGGGGAAUGGAGCGACCAGCCUCGUAUAACCAAAGAUGUGGUUUGUUUCCAUGCUGAAGAUUUCACUGAUGUUGUGCAGAGACUUCAGCUGGACCUGCAUGAACCACCGGUGUCACAGGUCGGGGCCUACGAUCAGCAGAUAUGGGAGAAGGCGAUCGAGCAGACGGAGAUGAAGGGCUUCAAGAGCAAGCCGAAAAGGAAAGGGCGAAUCCAGGCCGAUCUGAUCGACGUGGAUCUGAUCCGAGGUUCUACGUUUGCCAAAGCGAAGCCCGAGAUCCCCUGGACGUCGUUGACUCGGAAGGGAAUCGUGAGGGUUGUGUUCUUCCCGCUGUUCAGUCAGUGGUGGAUCCAGGUUACGUCCCAGCGCAUUUUCACGUGGCUCCUGGUGCUCUACGUUAUGCAAGUCAUAGCAGUUAUAUUGUAUUUCGUGGUGCCUGUUGUGAAUGCAAGUGAAGUCAUGGGACCGAUGUGCCUUAUGUUACUGAUGGGAACUGUUCACUGCCAAAUCGUGUCCACCCAGAUGAACAGAACAUCAGGAAACAACGGCCUCAGCAGGAGGAGGAGGAAAUUACGCAAAUCUGUGGGUGUUGAUGGGAACAGUUGGUCUCCUCCUGACAGAGCCAGCACAGAACAGCAGGCCGAAUCCGCAUCCACGCUCACCAGUUUGUUUGGCAUUCUCUUCCGGAGGAGGGUCAAAACCACAAAGUUGGUGGCUGAGAAAGGAACUGAGACAGAACACGGUGUGAGCGCUGUGAAUAAUGGUGUCAGGCACAGACAUGCCAGGGCUGAGCACAGGCUGCUGCACUUCAAAGAGAAACAUAAACUUUCUGAUGUGGAGAAGAGCCAUCAGGAUGAUUGCACCAACAGGGAUGGUGUAUCUGAUGAGCUUUCAAGCGAGGAAGAUGCUGAAGCAGUGGCAGAAAGGAUUUUGUUAUGGCAGCAUGUAGAAGGGGCUUCCAGUGACAACAGCUACGAAGAGAAGAAAAAGCAGCGUCCUGUUUCUCUGAACCAGGCUGUCUCACAGGUCAAGCAAGCCCUCAGAGGUGUCAGAGAUUCUGACAGCGUUGCGGAAUCUGAACUGGAAUCCACAUUAUACAAUCAGGACUCGAGGUCAUGCAUGAAUGUGGGCUCCCGGAGCUGCAGUGUGACCAGGAGAGACUCCGAGAGCACACGGCACGACUCUGAGACAGAAGACAUGCUUUGGGAUGAUCUGCUGCAUGGGCCAGAGUGCCGCUCGUCCUGCACCAGUGACAGCGAGGAGGAGAGCAUGAAAGGCAGCAGGAGGGACCCGAAGGAAGAUGUUUUUCAGCAGAACCAUUUGCUGUGGCUACAGAAUACAAGUCCAGAAUCUGCAAAAGUGAGCGCGCUGAUCUGGGAAGGGAAUGACUGUAAGAAGGUGGACAUGUCUGUGCUGGAGAUCAGUGGGAUCAUCAUGAGCAGAGUUAAUGCCUACCAGCAGGGAGUGGGGUAUCAGAUGUUGGGAAAUGUCAUCACCAUCGGAUUAGCGUUCCUGCCAUUCCUCUACAGACUCUUUCACACUGAUAACAUGGAGCAGCUGUGCUCCAUUUCUCUGAAGGAGCUUUUGCACAUCUUCUGUGGAGCGCCUGCCAGCAUCCCUGCCGUUGUUUUGUCUACAAUCAACUUCCUGGAACGGCUUUGCUUGACCUGGAUGUUUUUCUUUAUGAUGUGCGUUGCUGAGAGAACAUACAAACAGAGGUUUUUGUUUGCCAAGCUUUUCAGUCACAUCACAUCGGCUCGGAAAGCCAGGAAAUACGAAAUUCCUCACUUCAGACUCAAGAAGGUAGAAAACAUAAAGAUCUGGUUAUCUCUUCGUUCCUAUCUCAAGAGGCGAGGCCCGCAGCGCUCUGUGGAUGUCGUCGUGUCGUCCAUCUUCUUACUGGCUCUUUCAAUUGCUUUCAUUUGCUGUGCCCAGGUCCUGAAGGGUCACAAAACAUUUCUGAACGCAGCUUACAACUGGGAGUUCUUAAUCUGGGAGGCAGCACUUCUUCUCUUUUUACUGCGCCUCGCAUCCCUGGGCUCCGAAACCAACAAGAAGUACAGUAAUAUUUCCAUCUUGCUUACUGAGCAGAUAAACUUGUAUCUAAAGAUGGAGAAGAAACCCAACAAGAAAGAACAGCUGUCUCUAGUUAACAACGUUUUGAAACUGUCUACAAAGCUGCUAAAGGAAUUGGACACACCAUUCAGGCUGUAUGGGCUGACCAUGAACCCACUGAUCUACAACAUAACACGUGUUGUCAUACUCUCUGCUGUCUCGGGUGUUAUAAGUGAUCUGCUGGGAUUCAAUAUUAGAUUAUGGAAAAUCAAACCAUGAACUGACUGACCAUCAGCACAGCCCUCUCCAGCAGAAGGACAGAGCAGAGACCGAGGGCUUGGACACAGAGCAGGGCUGCUCUCACACUACAGAGCUCUGUCACUGCAGUUUCUUAACAGAGCCUCAAGGUAUGCACUGAAAGCUGUCCCUCUGCUUUACUGUUCUGUUACACACAGGAUAAAUUGGUGCAAUUUAUGAAGUCAUCCCAUGGCAUGCACAUGUGAAACAGAAUAAAUUGAGCCAAAAACCAGUAGUAGUUUGCACUGAAGACAGCAGGAACUGCAUGCACAGACUGUGGAGCAUCAAUCGCUACAAAAGCCAUGCUAGAGCUUGUACUGGAGCGACACAGGUGGUUGCUGCAGGUGCCUUGUUUCUCUAAAAACCAGUCCUGUGCAAUAACAACCAAUUAAUCCUCCUGGUGGUGUUGGCAUCAUUUUCAGAGAGCGCUGGAGCUCGGCUGGGCUUUGUGUAUCCGCCUUCAGAGCUCUGCUCAGAUGAUACUGAGAAGGCAUUCGUGUGACCGUGCUGAAGAGCACUUUUCUCAGCCUUUCACUGUACUGCUGGCUGCUGCUGUGGGAUGCAGUGACAGCAGCCUGCAUGGGACGAGCGCUGAGCCGACGCUGAGAGUUAAACUUAGGUUUGAACAACCUUACAACACAAAUACAGGUAAAACAGCUAAAAAUCACUUUGCUAUGGUUGUUCCCUCUGACACCUCAGUGUGUAAUCAGUGGGCAGGUAAUGGUGAGCCAUGUCCAGGGCAUCCUGCUGUAAGUUCUUCCCACGACAGCUGAAUUUGGUGUUCCAAGAAGCCGCUGCAGCUCUGCACUGCAACAGUGCCUUACACUGGGAUACUUAAGGAAGAGUUCCUGUUGUGGAAACCACGGCAGUGGAAGAUGACUGAGAAAGACUUCCUCACUUAAAAACAGAUCUGUGUUUAGAAAUGGCACAGGAAGGAAAGAAAAGCUGUAAAGACAUCUGCUAAACGUGCACUUUCCUUAAGUUUUGCUGACUGCUGUAUUGGCGAUGAAGAAAAGCUAAAUCCUGCCUUCAUUCUGUCACGUAAGGAGCGAGGUGGCAUAAGGAAUUUUGGUAGUAAACUGUUUAUAGCUAUUUUCUGUACAAGGAAAGGUUGAAAGAUGGAAAAGAAAAUGACAACUUUAUAUAUCGAAAUGUACAAAUAAACCUACAGUACAACUAUUCCUUCACCAACAGCUGUUUCCACGUGGCUUCAUGACUUUAUCACCUUUGUUGAACAUUUGUUAUCUCUGAGCAGGAAGCCAAGGAAACUUGCAAUAAUAAACUGCAUUUGUUUUCCAGAA